AUGAUAGCCUCCAUCCUCUGCUUUUGCUUUUCCACAUCGUGGAUUUUUCGGCGAUCUGCCUGGGCUGCAAAAAACUUUCAAGCAAAGUACUCAGGUUCCUUGAAUAUCUCCAACCUCUUCGACGAUCCCCUUGAAAUCUGUGACGAUUCUUCACGCAUAACAAAUUCGAAGGUGCAGAAGGACUGCUUCACUGAGCCGGCGUCAGGUCUAAUAAUUCUCGACUUGGCUUUAAAUGUUGUUCUUACGACAGAAUUCCUUUUGAAGGUCUUAUUAGCGCCAGAUAAGCACAAAUUUCUCACAUCCAUUGUUUCCAUAAUCGACAUGGUCAAUCUCAUUACUUACUGGAUCUACAUAAGUGUUUUCUAUUUUACCUACUACCACAAAAAACAAAGUGCCGCUUCAUUCGAUCCGACCAAAAUGAUGGACAGACCUCCAAAUAACUUAUGGCUUUUGAAUAUACUCUCAAUGAGUCAAAUUAUGCGAAUUUUGAGGAUUUCCAAAGUUUCAAAAAUAUCUCGUGGCCUUCGCGUUUUAAUGUUGACCGUGAAGAAAUCGAUUCCCGAGCUCAUGCUCUUGGCAUUUCUCUUGAUGAAUGGAAUGUUCAUGUUCUCCUGUAUGAUCUACAUGGCCGAGUACAGUGUCAACGACACUUUUGCGGAUAUACCAGAAGCAUUUUGGUGGUCCAUCAUAACUCUCACCACCGUGGGCUACGGCGACACUUAUCCGAAGGGCACAGCUGGUUACAUUGUUGGCUCGAUGGCAGCCAUAUCGGGAUGCAUUGUUACUGGUUUGGCUAUCCCCAUCAUCGGAAAUAAUUUCAACACCUACUAUAUGUACAUGAAGAAUCAACUAAAGGAGGAUAAGUAUUUGAAAGAAUUGCGAAGAGACAUUAAUUCUGUUGGUGGAAACAAUAUUAUGAAAGGCUUGGGCGGAUUUGCAGAGAAGACGGGCAUUCCAAUGCUCCAUAGGAAGUACAGACAAUUUCGUGGAGAUAAACAAUACCCUGUCAGCAAUCGCAUCACUAAUACAAACGCGGCAAAACGAGAUGAAGGCCGCCGUAAAGCAAAGCCCAUGCUUUCUCCAACCAAAAAGAAGAAUUUUCCUCCUAGCGAAACUUCUGACAAUCUGAAGAAAAGUUUGCUCAUGAGCUCAGGAAGUAGGUCAGUCGGAGGCGAACCCAGUAAUCUUGGAAACAACACACGAACAACCACACUAGAGCGCGUAUCCCUCGGGGAAUCGGUGGACCACAGACAAAGCAUUGGAAUGCACUCUGAUCCCAUUGCUGACCGUCGGACAAGCAUGCUUCACCCUUUGGCCACUGAUGGAUUGCUUAACCUGAUUCCUUCCUCCGAGAUACAUACUUCCGGCAGUUUGAUACGGCCAGAGUGGGACGAACCCAGUGAAAUGGAAUUGGAAGAAAUUCGAUGCAUUCACGCGGCAUUAAGGAACCGCGGUCCAAGCAAUGCAGAUCGAGAGAGUUUUAAUAGUGAUGCUGAUCUGCACCAGGGCGGGAUGUCUUUCUCCGAUUUCGCCACAAGUCCCAAUGAACAGCACAACGACGGUUCCUUCUAUACUACAGCAGAUUUCUGCAAGCUCAGUUCCAUAGCAGAUAACACUGGCCUGAAACGCAACUAUGUAUGA